AUGGCAUUCGUCAGCAGAGCUGAAAGAAAAUUAGAUUACACCAAUAACGCUGCCACAAAUGUAGGCCCAGGUGCAUAUAUGGGCCAUUCCCAAUAUAGGUCGGCAAAAGGCUAUGCUCCAUUUUCAAGCACCACAGAAAGGGACAUUCAUAAGGUUUUUGGGCAAAAUAAUGCUCCAGGCCCUGGGAGUUAUUCAAAUCCUGAGCUUCAAGCCACGUCAGUAUCCAAAACUCAGCAAUCAACUGAUCAAUGAGGCCAGCCUAAACCUUCUGGACCGUUUGCAAGCAAAAAUGAAAGAUUUAAAGCAAAAAAAGGAGACUUAGCUCCUGGGCCUGGAAGUUAUAACUUAGCACCUGACUGAGGAUCUCAAAAGCGAAUUCAACAGAAACAAGAAUGGACUGCAAUUAAUUGGAUGCGAAUUCCUUCAGCUCCUUCAAUCCCAGCCCAACACCAAGCUUUCGGAUACGAUGAAACCUCUAAUGGCGAACUUAUCAUGCAAAAAAACCCUGAAAAAGUAUACGAAGGCACUGUAAAGGACUCUGUAGGCCCUGGACAAUACAACGCAAAAGACCCACGAGAAGUUUUCGUCAGCAAAGGAACAGCUUGGCACAAAAGUCAGUCUAAAAGAGACUUGUACUCAGCUCCACCCACAGGAACCUUAAUUGGGCCUGGGAGUUAUUCAGAAAGCAAGCUAAAUAUUGCUCCGAUGUAUAAAUUUAAGCCAAGCGCAGCUUUUGCAAGCGUAACGAAAAGGACAAGUUAUAUACCUGAGCCUGGUCGACAAACGUCAACUGACGAUAACGAUGAAAGUGAAGACGAAGGAGGUGAAGAAGGGAUUCCAGGGCCUGGGUAUUAUUAUAAUGAAGAAAAUAUAAGCAGCUUUAAACCUGCAAAAGUCCCAAGAAAUCUGCAGUAUUUUGGAAGCAAAAGUAUUAGAUUUAAAUCACAAGGACCACCAAGCUCACUUGGGCCAGGGUAUUAUGGAGAUUUGAGGAAACCUAUUGCCCAAAAGAGGCCUGGGGAUUCUAAAGCACCUUUUAGCUCUACAAAGACGAGGUUUCAGCAUUCAGUGGAUCCAAACCCAGGACCUGGAAGCUAUAAAAAUGAUGAUAUAGGGGAGAAGCUACAGAAAAAAGUAUGGGGCAGACAAGGAGUUUUUGGAAGCACUGAAAGAAGAUUUGCCCCGGCGAAAAAUCAAGAAACGCCUGGGCCUGGGUAUUACCCUCCUGAUGCUCACAAUAGAGUCGGACUGCACAAUUCGGCCUUGCAUAAGCCAUCAUCAGUGUUUACUAGUAAAGCUGCUCGUGAUGCAGUCUUAAAACCAACAGAAACCCCAGCUCCUGGGACUUAUGAAAUUCCUUCUUCAAUUGGGGCCAAAAGAAGCCCGACAUCUCCAACUCAUCCGUUAUUGACUCAUAUUAAUGAAGUUUCUAAGAAGACGGUUGGGUUUAAUUCACAGGCUGAUAGGUUCAGACAAAAUCAAGAAGCUAUCAAAGAUCCGCUGGGGCCUGGGACUUAUGAUGUGGUGGAACCGAGAAAGGGGGCACAUGCAAUACCGAAUAAAGUUUUCAUUGCAAGGGCUGACAGAUUUAAUGAGGAGAAAAAGCCAGCGGAGUUUCCUGGACCUGGAGCUUAUUAUGAAGAGCAUAAUGAGGAGACUUGGAACAAGAGGUCGUUUAAUAUUUUGUUUUCUGAACUAACUUAA